UGCUCGCGAAGAGCCAUCCAGUGCGGUUGGAUGAGCUCCCUCAAAGGAAUACGAAAAGAAUAACAGUGAAGAAAGUGACCAGCAGAUAAGAAAGUGAAAUACAUAAGAGUGAACCGGGAAAAGAAAGAGAUAGAACCGGAAGUGGUCCAAAGGAAGGACAACCGUUAUCGCAGUGCGGGUGCUUGAACUCUCAGCACAAUGGGGCUCAGGGUGGCCUCCAUUGGAGUUCUGCUGGUGAUCCUGGCGAUUUCCUAUUGCCAGGCAGAGCUAACGCCGCCAUAUUUCAAUUUGGCAACGGGUAGAAAGAUCUAUGCCACCGCUACAUGUGGCCAGGAUACGGACGGACCAGAGCUCUAUUGUAAAUUAGUGGGAGCCAAUACGGAACACGAUCACAUCGAUUACUCAGUUAUCCAGGGACAGGUCUGCGAUUAUUGCGAUCCCUCGGUGCCGGAGAGGAAUCAUCCGCCAGAGAAUGCGAUCGAUGGUACCGAAGCCUGGUGGCAGAGUCCUCCGUUGUCCAGGGGCAUGAAAUUCAAUGAAGUCAAUUUGACCAUCAAUUUCGAACAGGAAUUCCAUGUGGCCUAUUUGUUCAUUCGCAUGGGCAACUCCCCACGUCCGGGACUCUGGACGCUGGAGAAGUCCACGGAUUAUGGCAAGACCUGGACACCUUGGCAGCACUUCUCCGAUACUCCCGCCGAUUGUGAGACCUACUUCGGCAAGGACACCUACAAGCCAAUUACACGCGACGACGAUGUCAUCUGUACCACUGAAUACUCAAAGAUUGUGCCGCUGGAGAAUGGAGAGAUUCCCGUGAUGCUGUUGAACGAGCGUCCCAGCUCCACUAACUACUUCAACUCAACGGUACUGCAGGAAUGGACCCGUGCCACCAACGUUAGGAUCCGUCUUCUCCGAACGAAGAAUCUUUUGGGACAUCUGAUGUCCGUGGCCCGACAGGAUCCCACCGUGACGCGUCGUUACUUCUACUCGAUCAAGGACAUCUCGAUCGGAGGACGUUGCAUGUGCAACGGUCAUGCCGACACCUGUGAUGUCAAGGACCCGAAGAGUCCAGUCCGCAUACUGGCCUGUCGAUGCCAACACCACACAUGCGGUAUCCAGUGUAACGAGUGCUGCCCAGGAUUCGAGCAGAAAAAGUGGCGCCAGAACACCAAUGCCCGACCAUUUAAUUGCGAACCCUGUAACUGUCAUGGUCACAGCAAUGAGUGCAAGUAUGAUGAAGAAGUGAACCGCAAAGGACUCUCCCUAGACAUUUACGGACACUACGAUGGAGGUGGUGUUUGCCAGAACUGUCAGCACAACACCGUGGGAAUCAACUGCAACAAGUGCAAGCCCAAGUACUAUCGACCCAAGGGCAAGCACUGGAAUGAGACCGAUGUCUGCAGUCCCUGCCAAUGUGACUACUUCUUCUCCACCGGACACUGUGAGGAGGAGACCGGAAACUGUGAGUGCCGUGCUGCCUUCCAGCCGCCUAGCUGUGACUCCUGUGCAUACGGAUACUAUGGUUACCCCAACUGUCGGGAGUGUGAGUGCAAUUUGAAUGGAACCAAUGGGUAUCAUUGCGAGGCGGAGAGUGGACAACAGUGCCCGUGCAAGAUCAACUUUGCGGGAGCCUACUGUAAGCAGUGCUCCGAGGGAUACUACGGAUUCCCCGAGUGCAAGGCCUGUGAGUGCAACAAGAUCGGUUCGAUGACCAAUGACUGCAACGUGACCACUGGAGAGUGCAAGUGCUUGACCAAUUUCGGAGGCGACAACUGCGAGCGUUGCAAGCACGGUUACUACAACUACCCCACCUGUUCAUAUUGCGACUGCGACAACCAGGGAACGGAAUCGGAAAUCUGUAACAAGCAAUCUGGUCAGUGCAUCUGCCGCGAAGGUUUCGGAGGCCCCAGGUGCGAUCAGUGCUUGCCAGGAUACUACAACUAUCCGGACUGCAAACCCUGCAACUGCUCCAGUACAGGUAGCUCGGCGAUCACUUGCGACAACACCGGCAAAUGCAACUGCCUCAACAACUUCGCCGGAAAACAGUGUGCUCUUUGUACCGCUGGCUACUAUAACUAUCCGGACUGCCUACCCUGUCACUGUGACUCGCACGGAUCUCAGGGAGUGUCCUGUAACUCGGACGGACAGUGUUUGUGCCAGCCGAACUUCGAUGGACGGCAGUGCGAUUCGUGUAAGGAAGGCUUCUAUAACUUUCCCAACUGCGAGGACUGCAACUGCGAUCCGGCGGGAGUAAUCGACAAGUUCGCCGGAUGCGGAUCGGUGCCAGUGGGUGAGCUGUGCAAGUGCAAGGAACGAGUAACUGGCAGGAUUUGCAAUGAGUGUAAGCCUUUGUACUGGAACCUGAACAUAAGCAAUACAGAGGGAUGCGAGAUAUGUGAUUGUUGGACUGAUGGUACUAUAUCUGCCUUGGAUACAUGUACCUCGAAGACCGGGCAGUGUCCCUGCAAGCCGCAUACUCAGGGCAGACGUUGCCAGGAGUGUCGGGAUGGAACCUUUGAUCUAGAUAGUGCCUCAUUGUUUGGUUGCAAGGAUUGCAGUUGCGAUGUGGGCGGUUCGUGGCAGAGUGUUUGCGACAAGAUAAGUGGACAGUGCAAGUGUCAUCCGAGGAUUACGGGUCUGGCUUGUACCCAACCCUUGACCACUCAUUUCUUCCCAACCUUACAUCAGUUCCAGUAUGAGUACGAGGACGGUUCAUUGCCUUCGAGCACAAUGGUGCGCUACGAUUACGAUGAGGAAGCCUUCCCAGGAUUCAGCAGCAAAGGCUAUGUGGUUUUCAACGCCAUUCAGAACGAGGUGCGCAACAAUAUAAACGUCUUCAAAUCCUCUCUCUACCGAAUUGUACUGCGCUAUGUAAAUCCCAAUACCGAGAAUGUCACCGCCACUAUCUCAAUCACAUCGGACAAUCCUCUGGAGGUAGAUCAGCACGUCAAGGUUCUGCUGCAACCCACUUUGGAGCCACAGUUUGUGACCGUUGCUGGUCCGCUGGGCGUUAAACCCUCGGCCAUUGUUUUGGAUCCGGGUCGUUAUGUCUUCACCACAAAGGCCAACAAAAACGUGAUGCUGGAUUACUUUGUUCUCCUGCCCGCUGCUUACUACGAAGCUGGAAUUUUAACACGCCAAAUAUCGAAUCCCUGUGAACUGGGCAACAUGGAGCUAUGCCGCCACUAUAAAUAUGCCUCUGUGGAUGGCUUCGAACCGGCAGGAACUCCAUUUGUCAUUGGAGCCAACGCUAAGCCAACAAAUCCCGUCGAGGUGUACAUGGAUCCCGAGCACCUUCAGAUUGUGAGCCACGUGGGUGACAUUCCUGUGCUGACCCAAUCGCAAAAGGAGCUAAACUAUAUAGUUGGGGUGCCACGCAGUGGGCGAUAUAUCUUCGUGAUUGAUUAUAUCAGCGAUAGGGACUUCCCCAAUAGUUACUAUAUCAACUUGAAGCUGAAAAACAAUCCAGACUCGGAGACAUCCGUGCUGUUAUACCCUUGCUUAUACUCCACAAUCUGCAGAACUUCUGUUAACGAGGACGGUUUGGAGAAGGCCUUUUAUAUCAACAAAGAGGAUCUACAGCCAGUUACAAUCUAUGCCGACUUCGAAGAUGAAUCCCGUGUGCCCAUUAUUUCGGUGACUGCCAUUCCCGUCGAGGAAUGGUCCAUUGACUACAUCAACCCCAGUCCAGUCUGUGUGAUUCACAAUCAGCAGUGCGCAACUCCCAAAUUCCGUUCAGUUCCCGAUUCCAAGAAGAUCGAAUUUGAAACCGAUCAUGAAGAUCGUAUUGCCACAAACAAGCCUCCAUAUGCCUCGCUCGAUGAACGUGUUAAGCUGGUUCAUUUGGAUAGUCAAAGUGAAUCAACCAUAGUGAUUGAAUCAAAGGUUGAAUCAGCCAAACCAAAUCUGUUUGUAAUCCUUGUCAAGUACUACCAGCCGAACCAUCCCAAAUACCAGGUGUACUACACCUUGACGGCUGGCAAAAAUCAGUAUGACGGAAAGUUCGAUAUUCAGCACUGCCCGUCGAGCUCCGGAUGCCGAGGCGUUAUUCGUCCCGCCGGAGAGGGUUCGUUCGAGAUUGACGAUGAGUUCAAGUUCACAAUUACGACCGAUCGAUCACAGAGUGUUUGGCUGGACUACUUGGUUGUGGUGCCAUUGAAGCAGUACAAUGAUGAUCUGCUGGUUGAGGAGACCUUCGAUCAGACCAAGGAGUUCAUUCAGAACUGCGGACACGACCACUUCCACAUUACCCACAAUGCCACUGACUUCUGCAAGAAGUCCGUUUUCUCUUUGACCGCCGACUAUAACAGUGGAGCACUGCCGUGCAAUUGCGACUACGCCGGAUCCACGAGCUUUGAGUGUCAUCCGUUUGGUGGUCAGUGCCAGUGCAAGCCGAAUGUAAUUGAACGCACAUGCGGAGCCUGCCGGAGUAGGUACUACGGAUUCCCUGACUGCAAGCCCUGUGAGUGUCCAAGUAGCGCUAUGUGUGAACCUUCCACCGGAGAGUGCAUGUGUCCACCCAAUGUCAUUGGGGAUUUGUGCGAGAAGUGCGCUCCUAACACUUACGGAUUCCAUCAGGUCAUUGGCUGCGAAGAGUGUGGAUGCAAUCCAAUGGGCAUCGCCAAUGGAAAUACCCAGUGCGACCUGUUCAACGGAACCUGCGAGUGCCGUGAAAACAUUGAAGGCAGGGCGUGUGAUGUGUGCUCCCAUGGAUACUUCAAUUUCCCGCACUGCGAACAGUGCACUUGCCACAAACCCGGAACAGAACUUGAGGUGUGCGACAAGAUCGAUGGCACCUGCUUCUGCAAAAAGAAUGUGGUUGGAAGAGAUUGUGACCAGUGUGUGGAUGGAACGUACAACCUACAGGAAUCUAACCCAGAGGGUUGCACUACUUGCUUCUGUUUUGGCAAGACUUCACGAUGUGACAGUGCCUAUCUUCGGGUAUACAAUGUGAGUCUUCUAAAGCACAUUACCAUCAGUACUCCAGAAUUCCGUGAGGAGAGCAUCAAGUUCGAAAUGUGGCCAGUGCCGGCUGAGGAGAUUCUUGUGAAUGAGACCACGCUGAAGGCGGACUUUACGUUGCGAGAGGUGAACGAUGAACGACCAGCUUACUUCGGAGUCCUGGACUAUCUGCUUAACCAGAAUAAUCAUAUCUCUGCUUACGGCGGAGACUUGGCCUACACUCUACACUUCACCUCUGGCUUUGACGGCAAAUACAUUGUCGCUCCGGAUGUCAUUCUAUUCAGCGAACACAAUGUCCUGGUGCACCAAAGCUAUGAGCAGCCUAACAGAAAUGAGCCUUUCACCAAUCGCAUUAAAAUAGUGGAAUCCAAUUUCCAAACAGUUUCCGGAAAACCAGUUUCACGAGCUGAUUUCAUGAUGGUUCUUCGGGAUCUGAAACUGAUCUUUAUCAGGGCCAACUAUUGGGAACAGACCUUGGUGACCCAUUUGGAAGAUGUGUACCUAACCCUAGCCGAUGAAGAUGCAGAUGGUACUGGUGAAUAUCAGUUCCUGGCUGUAGAGCGUUGCUCCUGCCCGCCUGGUUACUCCGGACACUCGUGCGAGGAUUGCGCGCCGGGCUACUACCGAGAUCCUAGCGGACCCUAUGGUGGUUACUGCAUUCCUUGCGAAUGCAAUGGACAUUCCGAGACCUGCGACUGUGCUACUGGAAUCUGUACGAAUUGUCUGCAUGGAACUCAGGGCGAGCACUGUGAACAGUGUGUGUCUGGAUAUUAUGGAAACGCCACGAAUGGAUCACCUGGUGAUUGCAUGAUCUGCGCCUGCCCACUUCCCUUUGACUCGAACAACUUUGCCACCAGUUGCGAAAUCUCCGAGAGCGGAAACGAAAUCCAUUGUGAAUGCAAGCCAGGAUAUACAGGACCUCGUUGCGAAUCGUGUGCUAAUGGUUUCUACGGACAGCCUGAAAAUUUGGGAGAGGUGUGCAAGCCAUGCGAAUGCUCCGGAAACAUCAAUCCAGAGGAUCAAGGAUCUUGUGACACACGAACUGGUGAAUGCUUGCGCUGCUUGAAUAACACCUUCGGAGCUGCCUGUAAUCUGUGUGCUCCUGGCUUCUAUGGCGAUGCUAUUAAACUGAAGAACUGCCAGAACUGUGACUGCGAUGAUUUGGGCACCCAAGAAUGUGAUCCUCAUGUAGGCAUCUGCACCUGUCAUGAGAAUGUUAUUGGCGAGCGUUGCGACCAAUGCAAGCCAGAUCAUUAUGGAUUUGAGUCAGGUGUUGGAUGUCGAGCUUGUGAUUGCGGUGCCGCAUCCAAUUCAACGCAGUGUGAUGCGCACACUGGUCAUUGUGCCUGCAAGGCUGGAGUUACAGGACGUCAGUGCGAUCGAUGUGCUGUGGAUCACUGGAAAUACGAUAAGGAUGGGUGCACACCGUGCAAUUGCAACCAAGGCUACUCACGAGGAUUCGGCUGUAAUCCCAACACGGGCAAAUGCCAGUGCCUGCCAGGAGUCAUUGGAGAUAGGUGCGACGCCUGUCCAAAUCGCUGGGUGUUGAUUAAAGACGAAGGCUGUCAGGAGUGCAACAACUGUCACCACGCUCUUUUGGAUGUCACCGAUCGAAUGCGCUAUCAGAUCGAUAGUGUCCUGGAUGAUUUUAAUAGCGUUACUCUAGCCUUCUUCACCAGUCAGAAAUUGAACUACUACGACCAGCUUGCCGAUGAACUAGAGCCAAAGGUUAAACUUUUGGAUCCCAACAGCGUAGACCUGAGUCCGUUUAAAAAGGCCAACAGUGAACUAGAAUCGGAUUCCAAGUCCUAUGCCAAACAAGUUAACCAGACUCUGGCCAAUGCCUUAGAUAUCCGCGACCGAUCUAGCACAACUUUGGGUAAUAUCACAGUUGCCUAUGAUGAGUCUAUUAAGAGUGCUGACCAGGCCAAGGAAGCUAUCUCCGCGGUAGAGGCUCUUUCUAAGAAUCUUGAGGCUGCAGCGAGCACAAAAAUUGAUGCAGCUUUGGAGCAAGCUCAACAUAUUUUGGGAGAAAUCAACGGCACCAGUAUCGAACUUACACCCAAUGAACAAGUCCUGGAAAAGGCCAGAAAACUGUACGAGGAAGUUAACACCCUAGUGUCGCCCAUCAAGGAGCAAAACAAGACUCUAAUAGCACUAAAGAAUGAUAUCGGAGAAUUAAGCGACCAUUUAGAGGAUCUUUUUAACUGGAGCGAGGAAUCUCAGGCCAAGUCCGCCGAUGUUGAGCGCAGAAAUGUGGCUAACCAGAAGGCGUUUGACAACUCCAAAUUCGACACCGUUUCGGAGCAAAAGGAACAGGCGGAGAAAAACAUCAAUGAUGCCACAAAUUUCCUAUUCAACGGUGAUCUCACUCUUAGCCAAAUCAACCAGAAGCUGGAUAGCUUAAAAGAUGCUUUACAUGAGCUCAAUUCGGUAAACAAAAAUGUUGACGAGGAACUCCCAUUGAGGGAAGACGAGCACACGGAGGCAGAUAAACUGACCGAUAAAGCGGAACAAAAGGCGGCUGAGUUGUCCGCCAAGGCGCAGGAUUUGGCUGCCCAGUACACGGAUAUGACAGCUAGUGCGGAGCCGGCUAUCAAGGCAGCCUCUGCCUACUCGGGAAUCGUGGAGGCCGUGGACGCUGCCCAGAAAUUCAGCCAGGAUGCAGUCGCUGCUGCUGGCAAUGCCACCGAUAAGACGGAUGGAAUUGAAGAAAGAGCUCAGCUUGCCGACACGGAAUCUACAGAUCUUCUUCAGAGAGCCCGUCAGUCCCUACAGAAAGUUCAAGAUAUUUUAGAGCCACGACUCAAUGGAUCAGCUGGCAAGGUCCAGAAGAUCUCUGCAGUAAAUACCGCCACCGAUCAACAACUCAAGGAUAUUAACAAUCUGAUCGAUCAACUGCCAGCUGAAACCCAAAGGGAUUUGUGGAAGAACUCGAAUGCCAAUGCCAGUGAUGCUCUCGAGAUCCUUAAGAACGUUCUAGAAAUACUCGAGCCAGUUAGUGCUCAAACGCCAAAGGAACUUGAAAAAGCACAAAACAUUAAUAGGGACUUAGAUCUGACCAACAAGGACAUCUCGCAGGCUAACAAACAAUUGGACGACGUUGAAGGAUCCGUCUCGAAAUUGAACGAACUAGCCGAGGAUAUUGAGGCACAGCAGCAGCAAGUGGCCACUCAGACCCUGCAGUUGGGUCAGGAAAUCGAAAACUUAAGGGCCCAGGUGGAGGAAGCUCGUCAGUUGGCCAACAGCAUCAAGGUGGGCGUUAAAUUUAAGCCAAGCACGAUUCUUGAAUUGAAGACACCGGAAAAGACCAAGCUUCUGGCCACUCGCACCAAUCUAUCGACCUACUUCCGCACCACCGAGCCAUCCGGAUUCCUCUUAUAUCUGGGAAAUGACAAUAAGACCGCUCAGAAGAACAACGACUUUGUGGCCGUGGAGAUUGUAAAUGGCUAUCCCAUUCUCACCAUAGAUUUGGGCAAUGGUCCGGAGAGAAUCACAAGCAAUAAGUACGUGGCAGAUGGACAGUGGUAUCAGGCUGUGGUGGAUCGUAUGGGUCCUAAUGCUAAGCUCACGAUUAGAGAAGAACUACCCAGCGGAGAGGUGGUCGAGCACAGCACGCCUGGUUAUCUCGAGGGAUCUCAGAAUAUACUUCAUGUUGAUAAGAACAGUCGCCUAUUUGUGGGCGGUUAUCCGGGUAUUUCUGAAUUCAAUGCUCCACCAGACUUGACCAGUAACUCCUUCACCGGCGACAUUGAGGAUCUGAAGAUCGGCGACGAGAGCGUGGGACUAUGGAACUUUGUUUAUGGCGACGAUAAUCAGGAUGGCGCUCGCGAAAGGGAUGUUCUGCUCGAGAAGAAGAAGCCAGUUACGGGUCUACGGUUCAAGGGUAAUGGAUACGUCCAGCUAAACGCCACCUCGAAUUUCAAGACUCGCUCCAGCAUACAGUUUAGCUUUAAGGCGGACAAGGAUACCUCCAAUGGUCUGCUCUUCUUCUACGGAAGGGAUAAGCACUACAUGAGCAUCGAGAUGAUCGAUGGUGCCAUCUUCUUUAACAUUAGUUUGGGUACAGGUGGAGGUGUUCAGUCCGGCAGCCAGGAUCGAUACAAUGACAACCAAUGGCACAAGGUUCAGGCAGAACGAGAAAAUAGAAAUGGCCUACUCAAAGUGGACGACAUUGUUAUUUCUCGGACAAAUGCUCCAUUGGAAGCAGAUCUGGAGUUGCCCAAGUUGAGAAGAUUGUACUUCGGUGGUCAUCCGAGACGUCUGAAUAACACGAUUAGUUUGCAGCCCAACUUUGACGGUUGUAUCGACAAUGUGGUGAUCAAUCAAGGAGUUAUUGAUCUAACGGAAUAUGUAGCUGGUAGCGGAGUAGAGGAAGGCUGUCCGGCGAAAUUCUCCACCGUGUUGUCAUAUGCGCCGCAUGAAUAUGGUUUCCUAAGGAUGGACAAGAUCUCCGCAGAUAACAAUCUGCAUGUGGUGCUUCGCUUUAAGACCAGCCAACCAAAUGGCGUUCUCUUCUAUGCCGCCAAUCAUGACCAGAGCUCCAAUAUUGGACUCAGCCUGCAAGAUGGUUUAUUGAAACUUAACAGCAUGGGCAAUCAGUUGGUGAUCGAAGAUCGUCUGCUGAAUGAUGGCGAGGAUCAUGUGGUUACGGUGCAGCAUACCCAGGGUGAGCUUCGACUCUCAGUCGACGACACGGAGAACAAGAGACUUGGAUCACCAGAACCCCUGAUCCUGGAGGGUGGCGAUAUCUUCUUUGCUGGCUUGCCGGACAACUAUCGAACGCCCAGAAAUGCAUUGGCCUCUUUAGCCUACUUUGUUGGCUGCAUUAGCGAUGUCACAGUGAAUGAAGAAAUCGUAAAUUUCGCCAACAGCGCUGAGAAGAAGAACGGCAAUAUCAACAGCUGUCCACCGCAUGUACUAGCCUAUGAGCCAAGUCUGGUGCCUAGCUACUAUCCUAGUGGAGAUAAUGAAGUUGAGGCUGCAUGGCCAAACCCCGAUUCACUGCCCCCACUCAAACCAGAUAUUGAAGCUACAGUACCACCCACCACGCCCACCACGACAACAUCUACAACUUCGACGACCACCACAACAACCACUACGACAACAACAACGACAACGACCACGACACAAUCACCGAUAACCGAAGCAGAUGAAAAGGACCAGGAGCCCAAAGUAUGGCAAAAGCCACUAACUACACGGCCACCCGCUAAGCUAAAUCUUCCCAGUGAUGAGCGCUGCAAGUUGCCAGAGAAACCCAACUUCGAUGUGGACUUUGCAGAGGCUGGAUACCGUUUCUAUGGACUACGGGAGCAACGUCUCCAGAUCAACUCACUGCCAGUGAAGCUGCGUCGUCACCAUGACAUAGGCAUCUCCUUCCGAACGGAGCGACCCAACGGGCUGCUCAUCUUCGCUGAAGGUAAGCAAGGCGAGCAUUUCAUAGCCGUGUAUCUCCUGGACGGUCGGGUGACUUACGAACUCCGCGUGGGAAAUUUGCUACAGGCAAAGAUCACCAGUGAGAAGGAGCUGAAUGAUGGCUCCUGGCACACAGUUGAAGUGCUGCGAACUCAACGCAAGGUUAGCUUGCUCAUAGACAAGUUAGAGCAACCCGGAUCCUUGGAGCUGAAUACGGAGCGAAAUGCCCCAGGACUGGCAGUCGAGUUGCCCAUUUACUUGGGUGGGGUUACCAAGUUCCUAGAGCCAGAGGUCAAGAAUCUCACUGACUUCGACACAGAGGUACCCUUCUUCAAUGGCUGCCUUAAGAACAUCAAGUUCGACGCUAUAGAUCUGGAGACGCCGCCAGAGGAAUUUGGAGUUGUUCCGUGCUCCGAACAGGUCGAACGCGGAUUGUUCUUCAACAACCAGAAGGCUUACGUAAAGAUCUUCGAUCACUUCGAUGUCGGCUCUGAGAUGAAAAUCAGCUUUGAUUUCCGGCCGAGGGAUCCCAACGGUCUGCUCUUCUCCGUACACGGCAAGAACUCGUAUGCAAUCCUCGAGUUGGUUGAUAACACCUUGUUCUUCACCGUUAAGACCGAUCUAAAGAACAUCGUUUCCACAAACUACAAGCUGCCCAAUAAUGAAAGCUUCUGCGAUGGCAAGACACGCAACGUUCAGGCCAUCAAAUCCAAGUUUGUGAUCAAUAUAGCUGUGGACUUUAUAAGCUCUAACCCAGGCGUAGGCAACGAAGGAUCAGUAAUCACAAAGACAAACCGUCCGUUAUUCCUGGGUGGUCAUUUGGCCUUCCAGAGAGCACCAGGCAUUAAGACCAAGAAGAGCUUUAAGGGCUGCAUCAGCAAGGUUGAGGUCAAUCAAAAGAUGAUCAAAAUUACGCCCGACAAAGUCUUUGGCGACAUAUGGCAGGGUUACUGCCCCCUCAACUAAUAAAGAAUUUCGGAACAAUUCAAGGACCUAUGAUUUAACAUGACAAAGACUACGAAAAACUGCCAGGAAAAAUCUAAAGUUGCCGACCACUGCUAAUCAACGGACAACGAUCUAUGAAAUUAUAAACGAACAAAAUCGACAGGUCAUGGAAAAGUCAUGGGACUUCAAAAAUAUUGAACUCUCAUCAAAGAUGCCUGUCGUAUAUAAUAUAAACCAAACUGUGUGCCAAUCUAUCGCCGCCAUAUACAUAAAUGUAAUUUGUAUGCUUUUAUCCUUUUAAAAAACUCCUUAUAAGUCAAUCAUUGAAUAUGUAUCUUCUUCAAAGCAAUAAAGAUUAUCAUUUUAACAAAAUUAAAAA